AACGUGUCACUGCGUUCCGCCUUCACAUAUUUCGCUUUGAUCUUUACGAAUCGACGUAAGUCACUGAUUCUCUCCUUGUAUACCUCACGUAUCAUGUUUCCUUUAUUUCCGCAAAUGCAUAUCAUGCCCUUGCAACCACAAGUCUUCAUACAACCGCCACCGUUGCUACAGCCUCAGAUAUUUAUACACCCGCAGCCGUUGCUACACCCGCCACCAUUUAUACAACCGCCACAACUACUACAUCCUCUACCACUCUUACAGAAUCAACCGUGUAUUCAUCAGCUGCCUCCAAUCCUACAGAGGCCGCCACUUCAACACCCUCAACCGCCACUACAACCGCCACCACUCCUGCAGCCUCAACCGCUCCGACCCCCACAGCCCCUACAGUUAGCAGCGAUAGACCCAAACAAAACAGUCUACAUAGUAUCCUACUCCUCUGACACUGUUGACCACAACCCAGGCGCAAUAGCCCAGGUCGAAAACCUCAUCCCCCUUGGCAUCCCAACGGUGCUCACAAUAUGGUGUCAAACCUGGCGUGCACCUCCAGGCGAUAUAUGCCGCCACUACUCAGGCGUGAGCCCCAUCGUGCAAAGUGUUAUCAAGAGGAGUCGAACAGCAAUGUGGGAGAUGUACGUACUCGCUGCUAAGCACUUGUCUUCCGUUGUGCACAAAUAUUUUCCUUUAAUUGAGUUGAAAACAUACUGACUAAUACGUCUGCGAUCAGUGACAACGCGUUCACUAGGGCUGUUAAUUUCUUGAAUUCAGGGAAUCACACGGCGGCUGUCCAGACUACGUGUCACGCAGGUACGCAUCGAAGUGUUGCGGCGGCGGAGAUUUUAGCGCUGAAGUUGAGGAGGAGGGGUGUGAAUACGGUUGUUAUUCAUGCGCAUCGGAAGAGACUUGCUGGUGAUGCUUUUUGAGAUUGAUUGGGUGAGAUAAGAGCUAGGAUAUGCUACGAUAGGGGUUGCGUAAUAG